AUGGAUCCAGAAGAGCUUGCCAUGCUAAACUCCAUUAUCAAUACCCGACGGAGCAUGGCCACAGCCAAGGCACUUGCCCAGCACGAAAUGGAACAUUUGGAAGUCAAUCGAUCCAAUCCCAACUCACACAGUGCUUCACGAACUCCUUCACGGGCAGUCUCACCCUCGCCGAUGCGUCACCGAUGCGUCAAAUUUGCACCUCUGCCCUUUCCCGAGGACGAAGAGAUGUCUAUUCCACCUGCAUCGAAUGUGGACAAAGACGGAGAGUACGGCGCUCGGACCAUUGGUCUCUCAUCUUCGGCCCUCAAUUCGUCAGAGUCUUUGCCUGAGACCGAAGAUUCACGUUCUGUGAACAACAACUCUACGACCAGCUUGCUAUCUCGUGUGUUGUCCUCUGAAAGGCCUCGAUCAGAGACAGGCGAUGAUACGUCAUCUAUACAUCAUUUUCGUGGACGUAGAUUGUCACGGUUUGUGCAUGGUCGUCGCGAUAGUGAACUAUCCUUGCCGGACGAUUCACCGCCUCCAUCGCCAGGCAGCACAUGGGAAGACCGUCUACGACGUCGUGAGCAUAUUCGAGCACAGCGCCCUGGAGGUACUGGUAUGGUAACUCUUCUUGAUGGAGAACGUAUUCCUGCACGUAUGGCUGGUGAUCGUGCUAUGGAGAUGGAAAUUGAUGAGGAUCUACAGGACCAGCUGUGGGGCUUUGCUGCGCUGGAGCGCUACCGCAUGCGAGUGAAGGACGAAGAGGCAGAGCGUCAGAAAGAGGCUCGCAAGGGCAAAGGUAAGCUGUCUAAAGAGCAAGCGAAAGAGUUGCAACGUCGCUUCGAAAAUGAGAUGCUGGUGCUCGGUGUGGAAGCUUUGAACAAGGCUCAUCAGGGUAGCGGCAAGAAAAUGGCCAAGCACCACGCGUCAGGCCCCGAAUCGACGACAGAGCGUCGGUCCUCGGCUAUGUCUGCAUCUGCCUUGGCAUUGCCGUCGUCGGAAGGUACACGUGUGCAUGCCGAUCCUUCCAUUAGCAUGCCCUGGCCGUCUCCGCGAUUACCACGUCGACCUGAUGCUCGCGGUAUUGUGGUAGUACCACUGAAUCAGCUCGGAGAACGUCCAGAACGACCGUUUGAAGGACGCUCAUGGCUAUACCAACUGCCACUGGAUUGGGAUAGCGACGAAAGUGAUGAUGAUGCCACGACGGUCAAGAGCACGAGGCAUCGCGCCACGACACGGGCCGCUGGCCAGGAAGUUGUGCAUUCGAGUCGUCAGCGCCGAUCCAAGCGGUCAGAAAAGACAUGGGACGAUGAAUUUUGGCCCCGGCCCAGUGCCACUCGUCGAAUGUAUAUGUAA